AUGGGAGUUCCGGCUUUCUAUAGAUGGUUAGCGGAGAAGUAUCAGCUUGUUGUUGUAGAUGUGGUGGAGGAGGAACCCAUUGUGAUUGAUGAUGUUUCGAUUCCGGUUGAUACCUCCAAACCCAAUCCUAAUGGUCUCGAGUUUGAUAAUUUAUACCUAGACAUGAAUGCCAUUAUCCACCCUUGUUUUCACCCUGAGGAUAGGCCGAGUCCGACCACAUUUGAUGAGGUGUUUCAGUGCAUGUUUGAGUAUAUUGAUAGGCUUUUUGGGAUGGUGAGGCCGAGGAAGGUGUUAUACAUGGCCAUUGAUGGAGUUGCCCCCAGGGCAAAGAUGAACCAGCAGAGGUCACGGCGGUUUAGAGCUGCGAAAGACGUAGCUGAUGCUGCGGUGGAGGAGGAGAGGCUUCGUGAGGAGUUUGAAGCAGAAGGGAGGAAGCUCCCGCCUAAAUUAGAGUCACAGACUUUUGAUUCCAAUGUCAUUACGCCUAGGACUCCUUUUAUGGCUAUUUUGUCGGUUGCAUUGCAGUACUAUAUUCAUCUUAGGUUGAACAAUGAUCCUGGGUGGAGAAAUGUUAAGGUUAUUCUUUUUGAUGCAAAUUCUCCGGGUGAAGGGGAACAUAAGAUUAUGUCAUAUAUUCGUCUUCAAAGAAACCUUCCUGGUUAUGAUCCUAAUACGCGUCAUUGUUUGUAUGGUUUGGAUGCCGAUUUGAUUAUGCUGGCUUUGGCUACACAUGAAGUUCAUUUUUCAAUUCUUCGGGAGGUGGUUUACACUGCACAGCAAGACAAAUGCUUACUUUAUGGUCAGAUGGGGCAUUUAGCCGCAGAUUGCCAAGGAAAGGCAAAGCGUAAGGAUGUGGAUAUGCUUGAUGUUGAUCAGAAAGGUACUGGUGCUGAGGUUGUGGCCAAGAAGCCGUACCAGUUUCUCAACAUUUGGACUCUUAGAGAAUAUUUAGACUGUGAGAUGCGGAAUAUUCCAAAUUCCCCAUUCGAGAUUGAUCUUGAGCGCAUUAUCGAUGACUUCAUAUUUAUUUGUUUUUUCGUUGGAAACGACUUCCUGCCGCAUAUGCCUACUCUGGAGAUUCGUGAGGGUGCAAUCAACUUGCUUAUGGCUGUAUACAAAAAGGAAUUUCAUGCACUGGGUGGAUAUUUGACUGAUUCAAGUAAGCUGAAUUUGAGUCGGGUGGAGCAUUUCAUUCAGGCAGUUGGUUGUUUUGAAGAUAAAAUAUUCCAGAAACGAGCUCAGUUGCAUCUGCGGCAGGCACAAAGAAUCAAACGUGCCAAGGAGCAAGUUCCCCAAGUGCAGCCAGAUUCUUUAGUUGCAGUUAAUCGAUUUCAAGGUUCUCGUCUUGCUUCAGGUCCUUCUUCUGCGCCAUAUCAACAGUAUACUAGAUUAUCUGAGGCAUCAAGUAUCGGUGCUGCUAUUGUUGAAGCUGAGAACAGCAGUACUCCUGAUGUCGAAGAACACAAAAAUAAAGAAGAUUUGAAAGCAAAGCUCAAGGAGGUUCUUCGUGAGAAAUCUGAUGCUUUUAACUCUAAAAGCCCCCAAGAGGAAGACAAGGUCAAGUUGGGAGCACCUGGUUGGAAGGAUAGGUACUAUGAAGAAAAGUUUUCCGCCAAAACUCAAGAAGAACGUGAAGCAGUUUGGAAAGAUGUUAUCUUGAGAUACACAGAAGGUUUGUGUUGGGUGAUGAAUUAUUACUAUGAAGGGGUUUGUUCAUGGGAGUGGUUUUAUCCUUAUCAUUAUGCACCCUUUGCUUCUGAUCUUAAGGACAUAGGUCAGCUAAAUAUAAGCUUCCACUUGGGCACUCCCUUUAAACCCUUCAGUCAACUGUUGGGGGUUUUCCCAGCUGCAAGCGCUCAUGCCCUUCCUGAGAACUACAAAAAGUUAAUGAUUGAUCCAAACUCGCCUAUUAUUGACUUCUACCCUACUGACUUUGAAGUGGAUAUGAAUGGGAAACGGUAUGCAUGGCAGGGUAUUGCAAAGUUGCCAUUCAUUGACCAAGAUCGUCUUCUUUCUGAGGUUGCAAAAAUUGAACACACAUUGACAGAGGAGGAAACCCGGAGAAACUCCAUGAUGUUUGAGAUGCUCUUUGUUUCAUCUUCUCAUCCUCUCUCUGUAUGCAUAUACUUUCUUGAUGAUUGUAGUAGACAGUUGACAGACAAAGACCGAGUUGAGGCUAAGCAACAAAUUGAUCCUAAAUACAGUGAAGGGAUGAAUGGUUAUCUAUCUUCAUGUGCUGGACAGUCAUGUCCACCUAUUUUUCGGUCUCCUGUUAAAUACAUGGAGGAUAUUAUGGACAACCAAGUCAUCUGCGACUGUGACAGUGGGGGAUCUGAAGCCUGCACCUAA